UCCAGUUAUGACAGGUUCCCUGGAAGAAGGUUAGGGAACAGGGAAUCAUUGCGCGAGAACUGAGUGCGCACUACUCGCGAGACACCGCUCUCAAGGCGCAGGGAUCUCCAGAAUGAUGGCGGCGCCGCUGGAGGGGGGGAGCUUGGAGUCUCGUAUCAACAAAGCCACAAACCCAUUGAACAGAGACACGGACUGGGAUAGCAUACAUGCUUUCUGUGAUCAGCUCAACAAUGAACUGGAGGGCCCCCAGCUGGCCACCAGGCUUUUGGCCCACAAGAUACAGUCACCGCAGGAAUGGGAGGCCAUGCAGGCGCUGAUGGUGCUGGAGACUUGCAUGAAGACGUGUGGGAAGAGGUUUCACAGUGAGGUGGGGAAGUUUCGCUUUCUGAACGAGCUCAUCAAGGUGGUGUCUCCCAAGUAUCUGGGCACUCGAGCCCCUGAGCAGGUGAAAAAGAAGGUGCUGGAGUUGAUGUACAGCUGGACGCUGGGGCUGCCAGACGAGGCCAAGAUAUCGGACGCCUACCAGAUGCUUAAGAAACAAGGUAUUGUGAAACAGGACCCUGUCCUUCCCGAUGACAAACUCCUCCUACUGCCACCUCCCAGACCCAAAAGCACCAUCUUUGAGGAUGAGGAAAAAUCCAAAAUGCUGUCUCGCCUGCUGAACAGCACUCACCCUGAAGAUCUGAGGGCAGCCAAUAAACUCAUCAAAGAAAUGGUUCAGGAGGAUCAGAAGCGCGCGGAGAAGGUGUCGAAACGAGUGAAUGCCAUCCGUGAUGUGAAGGAGAGCGUAGGACUGCUGACGCAGUUCCUGGAUGACUACGACAAAGAGGCUGGCGCCCAGAGCAAUGAGGAGCUGAUGAAGGAUCUGUACCAGCGCUGUGAGAAGCUCAGACCCACACUGUUCAGACUGGCGAGUGACACGGAGGACAACGACGAGGCGCUGGCGGAGAUCCUGCAGGCCAACGACAGCCUGACACAGGUCAUCAACCUGUACAGACAGCAGGUGAAGGGGGAGCAGGUGAAUGGAGAAGACACUGGCACACCCAAACUGGCAGGAAGCAGCACUGCCCUGCUAGACCUAACAGGAUUGGACACCUCCAGUCCAGCACCACCCACUUACCCAGCAUUCCCAGGUCUGGGGGAUUCUCUGCAGGAGGCAGGAAUCAGUCUUCUGGACGAUGAGCUCAUGUCGCUAGGACUGAAUGAUGUCACUCCCAAAUCCACCUCUUCGCCCCAGGCAGGAGACUCUGGUGCCUGGGACAACUUCCAGUCUUCCGAGAGCCUGGACACAGCCGUCCAGUCCAUACCAGGGACGCUGCUGAAGCCUUGCGUGACCUCACAGUCACAGACGCCACCCCCGUCUGGGAACACUGCCCUCGAGGAGCUCGACCUUCUGGGCAAGACCCUGCUCCAGCAGUCCCUGCCCCCUGAGCAACUGCAGGUCAAAUGGGACAAACAGCCGCCCCAGUCUAAACCCACGUUACGGGACCUCCAGCACAGAUCCAGCCCCGGCCCCAGCCUAACCCCGGCUGUCCCUGCUGAGCAUUCCGGGGCUUCCCCCAGCUCCCAGCCCAGCCUUGGAGGCCCCUCGCUGGGGAAGCCCACUGCGGCUGCUUCCCCAUCUGAAAUCUCCCUGGCUAAUGUCACUGUGCCCCUGGAGUCCAUCAAACCCAGCAGCUUGCUGCCUGUGACAGUUUUUGACAGGCACAGUUUGCGGGUCCUGUUCCACUUCGCAAGAGACUCUCCCCCAUCCCGUCCUGAUGUGCUGGUGGUGGUCAUCUCCAUGCUCUCUUCCGCUCCUGUCCCAGUUACCAACAUUCGCUUCCAGUCAGCUGUUCCAAAGGUGAUGAAGGUAAAGCUACAGCCUCCCUCGGGAACAGAGCUUCCUGCCUUCAACCCCAUCCUGCCCCCAGCAGCCAUCACUCAGGUCUUGCUGCUAGCUAACCCACACAAGGAGAAGGUGCGUUUGCGGUACAAGCUUACCUUCACUCUGGACGGGGAAGAUCACGACGAAACCGGAGACGUGGAACAGUUUCCCCCACCAGAGACCUGGGGCAACCUUUAGGGGUGAUUUAACUUCCUUUGGACUCGGACUGUGACAUACACCUCCCCCACUCCCCUUUUCACCUCGCUACAGUGAAUUUUAAGUCUGAUUAUUAUGCUCUCAAUAGGAGUCGAACUACAGCAGGCUUGGAAACAAUCCUAAACUUUUAAUGGAAAUCCUCUGUAUGGCUGCCACUUUGUACUGCACGAUAGAAUACAGUGCAGUACCGAGUGUUGCAGUCCUGCAUUUACCUUUAGUACUGUGAACAGGUUCUUAUGGGUGAGAGUUUUGGGAUUUUUCUCUAUCCAAUGAAACCCUACCACCUUAAUAUAUUGGAAAUGGUAUAUCAAAUUAGGUUUUGCUCAGGCCCAAAUGACCAUUAUUAACUUUCACCAAUUUUGCCCUCAGUCUAGGAUUUUCUUUGAAAUAUUAUUCUUAAAAUGAAGGCCUGCUCCAAGGUUUAAUUUGCACCACAAACUACCCAGCCUUUCUGCUGCCCGUUGGGUUUGCACCAUUAAGCUCUGCUUCCUGUACUUUAUCAACGUGUUUAACUUAAUCUGCCGUAUGUGCCUACUUUGAACGGUAUUAUUUGUUUCGUUUGUCUUGUGUAUUUAAAUAGCGAUAGUCAAUACUUAGUGUGUCUUGGGUUUUGGUGUAGAAAAUCCUGUUUAAGCAAUCCUUUUCAGGGGUUUGGACGCGGAGGCUGAUAUGCAAAUGAAAUUGGGGGGGGGGGGGGGGAUUUCUUCUUAUUCCUGGUGGUUUUACAUAACCACAUAAAGGACACUUCACACUUACCUAAACCCUGUAUCAUAAUGUUUCCGUUCAUUCUGAUGUAUUGUUACCAUAUGGCAGCCAAACCGUGUACAGUGCACUACAAAUAUGCGUCCUCCGUACGCCUGAACUGGACCUGAUCAGUAUGUGCAGAUUCUCUGGCAGAGUUCCCCCCAUCCCAUUUCAGCUCCAGACUUUGUAAAUAAUGUUGGUACUGCAAGUAUGUACAUUUGAGAAAGAAAAAUCUUGAGGGGGAAAUUAAUGAACUGCAAAUAUGUAUUUAAGGGAAAUAAAAUUAUUCUUCUCUCUGGGUUUAAA